ACAUUCCAGGCAGCUCUCCGUCUCUGCCUCGGUGCUCAGGAACGAGGGGGCUUCAGCAGCUCGGCGGCUAUCUUUCAGCACACAAACCUCACAGAAUGUCAAACCCAACACCCGCCAGCAAGCCCGGCAAUGCCGACAACCCCCGGGUUUUCUUUGACGUAGAUAUUGGUGGUGAAAGAGUUGGGCGGGUCGUCUUCGAGCUCUUCGCUGAUGUGGUCCCCAAAACGGCUGAGAAUUUCCGAGCACUGUGCACCGGCGAGAAGGGAAUAGGCAAAAGCACUGGAAAACCACUGCACUUCAAGGGCUGCCCGUUUCACCGCAUCAUCAAGAAGUUCAUGGUGCAAGGAGGAGAUUUCUCUAAUCAGAACGGCACCGGCGGAGAGAGCAUCUAUGGGGACAAGUUUGAGGAUGAAAACUUUCACUAUAAGCAUGACAGAGAGGGUCUCCUCAGCAUGGCCAACGCUGGGCCCAACACCAACGGCUCGCAGUUCUUCAUCACCACCGUGCCCACUCCUCACCUGGAUGGCAAGCAUGUGGUUUUUGGGCAAGUGCUGAAGGGAAUGGGUGUCGUCAAGAUCCUGGAGGGAAUUGACACACAGGAUGAUCAGCCUGUGAAGCCGUGUGUUAUAGCUGAAUGUGGAGAGCACAAGGCAGGUGAUGACUGGGGUGUGGCUCCCAUUGACGGCUCUGGAGACGUGCACCCGGAUUUCCCUGAGGAUUCAGACUUUGACUUCAAGGAUGCUGAUAAAAUUUUGGCUGUGGCUGAAAACAUCAAGAACAUUGGAAAUAACUUUUUCAAGGCGCAGAACUGGCAGGCUGCCAUUAAGAAGUACUCCAAAGCUCUCAGGUAUUUAGAAGUAUGUGGUGAUAUCCUGGAUGAUGAGAGUGCUCAGAAGAAGCUGGAGCCCACUGCCCUGAGCUGUAUUCUCAACACGGCGGCCUGCAAGCUCAAGAUGCAGCAAUGGCAGGAGGCCGUAGAGAGCUGUGAUGAGGCUCUGGAGCUCAGUCAGGCACACGCUAAAGCUCUGUUCAGGAGAGCUCAGGCCUGGCAAGGUCUAAAGGAGUUCAGCAAAGCCUUGAUUGAUCUAAAGAAAGCCCAGGAGAUUGCACCAGAUGACAAAGCUAUUGCAAACGAGAUACUGAAGGUCCAUCAAAAAGUGAAGGAGGAGAAGGAGAGAGAAAAGAAGAUCUAUGCCAAAAUGUUUGCGUAAAGGAACCUGCAGUGACCUCACAACGUGCGGAUCUACCUUCAUGAGCUCAAACACAUUUGCCUAUAGUCCACUGUUCAAUCCCAAAGUGAUGUAAGCCCAGUUCUGUGAGGAAGAAGUCAGAGAGGCAGGGAUUCUCUAACUUGAAGUUGUGCAGUUUACAGAAGGAAGCACUAAAACAGGGAAUGAGGUUCAUUAUAGAGAACAUAAAAUACUUGAUUUUGUUUUGUGUAUAAUGCAUUUUAAAUGAGAAGGCUUGACUCUUGGUUCUAAACUGCUGUUCAGAAUCGCCCAAGCAGAGCUUGCCUCUGUGGAUUGUCUGUCUCUAUUUAUUUGUCUUAAACUGGCUGUUCAUUCAUUGGAAUUAAGAGUAUUAAAGGAAAUGUGUUCCUGGAACGAUCCCAGUAUUCACUGUAAUAAAGUCCAGCUUAUUCUCACAAGA